AUGGAUUCACAAUCAAACAGGAAAACCAUCCGCCCGACCAAGCACAUCACCCGUGCCUGCACUGGAUGUCGCCAACGAAAGACCAAAUGUGACGGUGCGCGGCCACAAUGUGCGAACUGCCGCCUUCAUAACCAGGAGUGUAUGAUGCCGCAGGCGGUCGAUAAGCGAACAGUGCCUUCGAAAGAGCGAUAUACACGCUUGGAGCAGUAUACUCGGUCGCUGGAGUCAGUUCUCUUGCAGAAUGGCAUGCCACUGCCACCGCAGCUGGAUAACUAUUCCGCGCCCGACUAUAUAAUAAACCCCAAUCCGAUCAUUCAGACCCCCGUUUCCCACGACGAUAGUUCCUGGGGAGAGACCAGCGAUCGAGCAAUCUCUGCACUACAGGUGCCUCUCGAUGAUACGGAUGGCGACUUGAAUGUCCUGAGUGAGCGAUUCGGCUCACUGCAGCUGGCUGACGACGGACAAGUUCGGUUCUUUGGGGCUACCUCUAACCUGCAUAUCCAACACGUUGGGCUAUUCUCCCUGACCGACUCCAAGAUUCGCUCGGUAUACGGCAAAGAAAGGGAGAUCCUCCGACAAGGGGGGUUAAACGAUCCAGUACCGCAGGAGCUAGAAGAUCACCUCUUGCGCCUGUACUUCUGCUGGGAGAACCCUAACAUCCCGGUGGUCGACCAAGACAUUUACUACACAGAACGGGCAAACUACCGCGCAACCGGCAGACCAACACAUCGUUACUCAGAAACGUUAACAAACGCAAUGUGUGCAGGGGGAGCAGCACUUACACGUCGGCAUCCUCGCGGGUUGCCUGAAUCUCUAGCCGAGUUCUUCAGCAGUCGAGCAAAGGCCCUUCUGGAGGUAGAAAUGGACGCACCGGGUCUGUGUACUGUGCAGGCCUUGGUUAUUUUGAGCGGCGUGGAGGCAUUUCUGACUAGGGAUGCACGAGGAUGGCUCUAUAGCGGUAUGGCCAUGAGGCUGGCAAUCGACCUCGGCCUACAUUUGAAGCCCUCUGCUUCUAUCCGGAGAGGUCUGCUCGACGCAACCGAGAUGAGGCUCCGCAGGAUUAUCUUCUGGGGUGCUUACAUCCACGAUCGCAUGUGGAGUUUCUAUGUUGGUCGUCCCGAAUCUCUCGACGAGAAGCAUAUAUUCGUGGAGCCGCUGAGAGCGAUCGAUGUCGCCCAGAGGACUGCGCCUCUCUGGCAACCAUACAUAGAUGAAACCAAUAGCCCAAAUCCUCCAGGACCGCCGUCGCUUCUAGGUGAAGUUGCCCAAUAUACCGUCUCCCUAUGUCGCAAAAUGUCGCAUAUUCGCCGAGUCUUAUACAACUCUCCAUAUCCAGAUGGGUCAGAAAUCAAAUCACUCCAUGGCGCUGCCCGGAAACUCAGGGACGACUUGCUCUCUUGGGCAGAAAGCCUUCCAUCCUCCAUUGCUCUUCGUGACGGGGAGCAGCAACCUCUGCGACCGCCCCAUGUGCUACAGCUUCACAUGCAAUACUACGCGAUCUUGGUGGUGAUCGAUAGACCGUUCACGUACGGUCGGUAUCAGAGGCUCCCCGGGUUGACGCCAGCCGAUAUGGAGGAAAGCCACACGGCAUGCACAAAUGCUGCAGUCUCACUUGUCAACCUCCUACAAACAUACCGAUCUCAUCAUGGCGCCAGACAAAUGAAUAUCCACACCGUCCAUUUGGUCUUCACUGCGGCGUUGGUCCACAUUCACAAUGUCUACUUUGCUCCAUGCGAAGCUGUGCGGACAGCAGCACGUCGAUUCUUGCAGAUCAGCUGUCAGGUGCUCUCUGAGAUUGGACAAGCGUACAGGAAUGCUCUUCGUGCUCUAGAGAUUAUCACAUCCAUAAAAUCGGAAUUGGCGCGAAGUGAAGGCAACCGAUCGCGACCAGACAGCCACCAUGAGUACAACAGCGCCUUGAAUAAGCGUGCGCGGCUGGAUCCCAGUAAUACACCAACAGUAAGCUCAAGUGUUGGACCAGAUUCCGGGGCUCAGCUACUUGGAGCUCCUGCGAUGGAGGGACUUGAUAUGUUGGAGGAAUGCUUAGAUAUCUCCCCUUCCACUACUUUGUUGGCUAGUGAUUCGCUGUUCACAGAGACUUGGGGUUGGAUAUCACCACCAGAUUCGUUCAGUACUAGCUAG